UUAUAUGUUGUCUAGCGAUGUUACUCAAAUUAAAUUUACUUCAAGUUUGGAAGAAUGUUUGGCGUUAUGUUUAAAUAGCGCGGAAACUUCAAAAUCAAAUGUUUGUAAAAGUGUGUCUUUUAACAGGACAGAUGGGGGUUGCCAUUUAUCUUCACAAAAUCAACAUAGCAAACCAACCUCAAUUCGUAUUAAUAAUAAUCCAAACUAUAGAAUUGAUUAUUACGAAAAUAAUUGUUACAACAAUAGUUUUACGUUUACUUCAAAUUGUGAGCCUACCGGCAUUCGAAUAACCGUAGAUUCCCUCAUUCCCUAUACCGGCGCCCUUUAUGGCCUCUAUGAUUUUUUCUCUUGCCGUGUAGAACCUAAGGAACAACAACAUUUUGAAUUGUUUUUUCCCUAUCCUAAUUACGCCAAAAAUUGUUCUGACAGUAUGAGAAGACUGGAGAAUGAUAUAUUCCUUGAAGUUGUUUUAUCAACAGAUGGGGUAGAACCUUUAUAUUUUAUAACAGCAGAUGAUUUGACUUAUCAAGCCCGUUGUCCAGCACCGACUAAACAAAAACAAAUUAGUCAAGAAAGUUAUUCAACAACAACACAACUUACAACCAACCAAACAACAACCUCUCCUACCGAAAAUUUAAUAAAAAAUAAUUAUAUUAGGGGAAAUUCAAUUAAUGCAAUUUUGGAAGAAUUGGCUAAUUCAGCAACAACAACAACAAUAAAUAAUAGUGAAGAAGAAGAAAAUAAAAAGGAUAAAAAAUUGGUAGAGUCUUCAAGUAGUGAAGAAGAAAUUCAAAAAAAUAAUGAAGUUUCUUCUACAACUUUUGAGACGACAAAAAUUAAUUUAAAAGAAAAUAAUAAACAGAAAAAUGAAUUUACUAAAGAUACAUUUUCUUUACCGUUAUAUUCAAUUCUUCAAAAUGAAUUUUCUGAAACUACUACAAAAAUUAAUAAUGAUACCUCCUCAACUCUACUAUUACAACAAACUUUCCAACCGACAACAACACCUCAACAAUUACCUUCUGAAAUAGAAAUUGAAACAACAAUGAUUACUUUUCUCCCAAAAACUACCUCAACAUUACCCUUAGAAAAUAAAAAUGGAUCCUCAUCAACAAUAAAACGUAGAAGACCCCCAACAAUUGGAAUGGAAAGUUUUUUUGAGGAGGAGGAGAAAUUAAAUGAGACUUCUUCAACAACAAUUUUGCCUCUUCAAUUAACAGAACAACAACCACAAUUAAGUACUUCAACUCCCCAAAUUAAUAAUAAAACAACAACUAAACGUUCUAUUAAUUAUGAAAAUAUUAAUAAUUUGGAGGCUCAAAAUAGGGAAUUUAGGUACUUUUUUAGCAUGGUUCUUAUGGUAUAUAUUUUCCAAAUGCAAUUUUUUGUCCGCAAGUCGUAA